GUCAAGUCAAUUCAAUAUUAUACAAUACAAUACAAUGGCAUCCAUUAAUACCAGCACUACCCACUUUCUCCCCGAAGUAAAACCGCAACAGGGUGAAAUGACAUUGGAAGCGGCCGAAAUUUUGCGUUUGAUUGCCGCUCAUUUGACGGAAUGUGGUUUGUCCCACACCAGUCGAGUCCUGCAACAAGAAUCGGGGAUUGGUGCGGCGGGAUGCAUCCGGGCCGUCCACUCCAAUCUCAAAGCGUGGGCGCUACGAGGCGAAUGGGGGACCAUUCUCGAGUCACUGGCGACUUUGGAUAAGGCCAAGUGUUGCAAGACGAUUGUCAUGACGACCAAUCAUACUACUACUAACAACAACAACACUACAGCCGAGUCGAUAUUGGAACACUUGUUGGCCGAUGUCCACGAAAUGGCCAUUCUGGAAUUGGCCGCCGCAGGGGACAUGGCACUCGCCUAUGCGACUCUGCGACUGGUAGAAGAUGACUUGGACAAAUUGCCAGCUGCCAGCAGUCAUGACAACAACAGCAAUACUAAUAAUAAUAAGAAAACCAACGAGUACAACCUGUCGCGCAAACGGGAUUUGGAACAACGGCUCGCCGCUCUGGUAUCACUACGGAGUGCUGCUGCUACUGCCGACAAUAACAACAAUGACUUGCCACCCAAUUUUUAUGGAAGUUCCAACAGGACCAAACAAGAACGACGAGACGAUAUUGGCACUCGAUUGACAGAAACCAUUCCCAUGGUCCCAAAGUCACGCCUCACCAGUUUAUUGCAACAAGCUCUCAAAUGGCAAGCUUACACGGGUCUCUUGCCGAGAAUACGAAAUCAUUGGAGUCACCAAGAAGAGGAAGAUAUUGUUACUAUGGCUACUGCCAAUGAUGAUAUCACAAGCAAUACAAACGACAACAACAUCAAUAAGAAACGACCCAAAAAGAGAAAACGAAAAGUCUUUGAUUUGGUACUCGGAGAGGUAGAGAUGGAUGCGGUCAUGGUGGGAGACACUCCACUCGAAGAUGCCGUCCCAUUGGAUCCCAUUCCCAGCAAGCCCUACACCACCAUCAAAUUUGGAAAAAAAGCAACGGCAGAAUCUGCACUCUUUUGUCCCGAUCAAGUAGUGGCCGAUGCUCCCGCCACCACUACAUUUUCACUCGUCACCGGAUCAUCCGAUGGAUUGGUCGAACUCUACGAUGCACACGACAAGUACAACUCCUUGCGAAUGGAUCUCAAAUAUCAACAAGAGGAUGAACUCAUGGGACAUGAUCUAGGAACAAGUGUUCUGGCAAUGGCAGUUACGGCCGAUGGAACCAUGUUGGCCACGGGAAAUACCAAAGGAGUGGCCAAAAUAUGGAACAUUGCCACUGGCAAGUGUUUGCGCACCAUUCCGGCACAUGACGCACCCAUUACGUGUCUGGCAUUUGCACCGGACAUGGCGCACAUUUUGACCGCCGGUCACGAUGCCAAUUGUCGCGAAUUUGGACUGCGAACGUCACGAAUGCUCAAAGAGUUUCGGGGACAUUCGUCGUACAUUUACACUUGUCAAUACGUUUUGCGCAAAGGAGGACAGCAAUUGAAUGUCGUGACCAGUUCCGCCGAUGGAACGGUUCGAAUUUGGAGUGCCAAAACGUUGCAAGUGAUACGGGCGCUAAGACCAGUCUCCCUCGGAGAUGUCUUGAGUGCCGUGAAAACGUCCGUCACGGUCAAUCAACAAUCUGACUUGACAUCGGGAGGGUCUCCCGCCAUUCAUUCCGUCUUGUACCUGCACACUCCUGCCGAUACCAUGAUUAUUGUCCCACGUGGCAAGAGGGCCUUCCUGGUCAAUUUUCAGGGAACUGUCUUGCGAACAUUUGACGAUGACACGGGCAAAGUCUUUGUCGCUGCCACGGUCAGUCCCUCCAAUCACUGGUUGUACUGUGUCACCGAAGAAGGCAUCUGUUGUGUCUUUGACAUUGCUUCUGGAAAACUCGAAAAGUCCAUACGAAGUUUCGGGGAGGAAACGACUAGCAAGUCCAAGGACGGCGGCGUAAGAGCCGAGAUUACUCAACUCGUGCAUCACCCCCAAAAAGGAAUCCUGGCAGCAUUUUCAAACAACAAGGGACAAAAGAAGGGACAGUUGGUUCUUUGGAAAUAAAUAAGAUACAAUGCAGUGUGGAGAUACUACAACGUGUAUAG